AUGGAGGAGAGUCUUCCUCCAGGGUUCAGAUUUCACCCAACGGAUGAAGAACUCGUCACCUAUUAUCUAACUCAUAAGGUUUCUGAUUUUACUUUCACGUCCAAAGCUAUUGCAGAUGUUGAUCUUAAUAAGUGCGAGCCUUGGGACCUCCCAGCUAAAGCUUCCAUGGGAGAGAGAGAAUGGUAUUUCUUCAGCUUGAGAGACCGAAAAUACCCAACUGGUUUAAGAACCAACCGAGCGACAGAAGCAGGCUACUGGAAAACAACAGGCAAGGACAAAGAGAUAUUUCAUGGAGGAGUAUCGGUUGGAAUGAAGAAAACCUUGGUAUUCUACAGAGGAAGAGCCCCUAAGGGUGAAAAAACCAACUGGGUUAUGCAUGAAUAUAGACUAGAAACCAAGGUUUCUUUCAAACCUACGAAGGAAGAAUGGGUGGUUUGUAGGGUUUUCCAAAAGAGCACAACAGUGAAGAAACUGCAACAAACACAAUCUUCACAACGAUCUCUAGACUCUCCUUGUGAUACCAACACGAUUGCAAAUGAAUUUGGAGAUAUUGAGCUCCCAAAUUUAAAUACCAUUGCGAAUUCAUCAAGUGCGAUCAGUAAUGUUUCAUUACAAGAUUACAACAAUAACAAUAACAAUGUUGACAUGAACAUGAACAUGAACAUGAACGCGAAUUGGAGCAUGGCAAGAGAAGCUGCAAGCCAGCUUCCAUCACUUCCAUGGCCUUCAAGCUUGCUAACCUCAGGUCUUCAAAUGAAUCCUUUGCUUCUUAGGGCAUUGCAGCUUAGGAGUACUUAUCAACCAAGAGAAGCUACAGCUAUGGAUAAUUACAUGUUGAAUAUGCCACAAUCACAAGGGAUUCCUUCUCACUUUGGAAAUGAUUUUAGUUUGAAUUUCACAGGGUCUUCCUCGAAGGUUUUGGAUCAUUCUGUGCAGCAACAGCCACAGGAGCAACCAUUUAAUUUGGACUCCAUUUGGUGAAGAAAUUUAUCUGAAAUAUAUUCAGAACUAGCAGCUUGUAAACUUCUUUGCUCCUGCAGUAAAUUUAAAGAGAGAGGAGCUAUGCAUGGCUCAAUGUUAAUUUGGACCUCUUACACUAUAAUCACUAUGUGAUGGGCUAAUUAAGCUCAUGCCACAAGUUAAUUAAUGUCUUAAUAAUUCU